CACUCGUUCACCUGAUUCCGUUUUCAAGAAGACCCCGUUGCCGACGGCGAAGAUACAUGCAAGUCCCACAACUGCUGGCCGAUCCGCCUUUAUCCGCUACUUUCCAUUCGCCGUCUUGUGUCCCAUACUUCUUCCCCUCACUCUUCUCCGGCACUCCGACAUAGACCAGAAAGAAAGCUUUCGCGAACAGUCGCAAUGGAGCCACAGCCCGAUCCAGCUCAGACUAUCAGCGCUGACGAGAUAGCUCUGUAUGAUCGCCAGAUCCGCCUCUGGGGAGUUAAAGCCCAGGAAAAACUCCGAUCUGCGAACAUCCUCCUCAUCACGUUUAAGGCGCUGGCGAACGAAGUUGCGAAGAAUCUAGUAUUGGCAGGCAUUGGCUCCUUGACCAUCGUUGAUCAUGAGGUGGUGACGGAAGAGGACUUGGGCGCGCAGUUCUUCAUAAAUCAGGAACAUUUGGGUCAAAAUCGCGCGCAAGCGGCAGCGCCCUCUGUCCGGGCCAUGAACCCGCGUGUUCAGCUUCACAUUGACACAGAAGACAUCCACCUCAAACAGCCCGACUUCUUCGCCCAAUUUGAUAUUACCAUCGCGACCGAGCUUGACUUUGCUACCUACACCACCAUAAAUGCGGCCUGUCGCAUCGCGAACCGCCCCUUCUAUGCCGCCGGACUGCACGGAUUCUACGGCUUCAUGUUCGCCGAUCUGAUCUCGCACGAUUUCGUCAUUGAGCGGACCAAGUCCAACGUCCCAUCCGCCACGCAGGAAACCCCGACCCGCAGUAUCCUAAACAUCACCACAAAGAAAGAGAACGAGAAGGUCAUCGAAAUGGUGACCAAGCGCGAAGUGUAUUCCCCGCUGAUCCUCGCCAACACCUCGCCACUUCCCGAGGAGUUCACCCGCAUCGCACGCAAGCGCAAACAAGUAACACCUCUCCUCACCUGUCUCCGCGCAUUAUGGGAAUAUCAGAAAUCAUCCGGCGGCGCCCUACCCACAUUCUCCCACCAAGACCUGGAACUCUUCACGAAGCACGCUCGCGACUGUCACCAGGAACUCAAGCUCGACAUCACCACCCUGGACGCCGGGUUCCUGCGCACCUUCCUCCAGAACCUGGGGAGUGAACUGAGCCCCGUAGCCGCAUGCGUAGGCGGCUAUCUCGCCCAGGACGUGAUCAACGUCUUGAGCGCACGAGAACACCCCCUCCAGAACAUGCUUCUCUUCGAUGGAGAACGCUCCGCCGCUCCCAUCUACCCCUUACAUCCAUUCUUCCCUCCGGAAGUUGAGAAUGCCGUUCCACCCGUGGUUCCAGUUGUCCAAGCUAUCCCGUUGGAUGGCGAGCCAGCCCCAGCACUUUCAAUGCCCUCCCGCUAAGUUGCAGACGGCAGUCUACUCGAUGAGGAGUAUUGCAUCUCGACCUUUCUUUCUUUCUUUCUUCCUUCCUUCCUUUUCUCUUCCUUUCUGCAUAUCGGCAUCCCUGCUUGGUGGGGGGAUCCGCUUACGACGUGUACGAUAGAUCUGAUAACACGAUUUCGAUAUCUUCCGGGGGAAUUACUCAAAAUAAAG